GAAUUCGAGAAAUAUACAUAUUUUGUACACUUUCGCAUGUAUUAAAAAGAAAUAUGCCUUCAACCGAUACUGCACGAAAUGCGGAACGUGGAGCCGAACGGGAACUAUCGAGUUACAUACGACAAAGCGAUAAAGUCUAUGAACACCGGGAAUCACAGGCCACAGCAAUGACUGUGGAUUAUACAGGUCAAUGGGUAUUAUUGGCUGGUCGACGACACCUUGCUUUGCAAUGUUUAGGUCAAGACGAUGAUGGCUUUUUACGCAAAUACAACACCAAUUCAAAGUAUGAAGUCUCUGCAGCAGAAUUUGCCAUUUGUCCAGAAAGUAAAGAGUCUUGUGCUAUUGCGACUAGCCAACAUAUUGAUGUUGUCACUUGGGGUGCUGCUGAACCGCGUUAUAUUCACUCUCUUCGUGGCCAUACACGCAUGGUGACAGAUAUCGAUUGGCAUGGUAAAAAUCCAAAUCUUCUGGCCAGUUGUUCAAUCGACACCUUUUCUCAUAUUUGGGAUUUGAGAGAUUCUCGAAAACCAACAUUAUCUUUCAGUGCAGUUUGCAUGUCCGGAGCUACUCAAGUUGGAUUUAAUCGUGUUUCCGGUAAUCUUUUGGCAGCAGCACAUGAUGGUGAUUUACGGAUUUGGGAUAUACGUAAAGGAUCCUGUCCCAUACACUAUAUCACAGCACAUCUCAACCGAGUUCAUGGUAUAAAUUGGAGUCAUCGUAGAGAAACUUGUUUGGCUACAGCCAGUCAAGAUGGAACAGUGAAAUAUUUUGAUAUUAAUAAUCCAAGGAGAGCGGAGAAAAUCAUAACGACAACAUCGCCAGUGUGGAGAGCAAGAUACACGCCCAUUGGCAAUGGCUUAGUGAGCAUAGUGGUACCACAUUUGGGACGUGGCGAAAACAGUUUGCUACUUUGGAGUAAUAGCAAACAAAAUGAUCCGGUGUGUUCCUUUGUUGGUCACACAGACGUAAUACUGGAUUUUGCGUGGCGUCCGAAUCGUAUCAACCAAACGGAAAUCGAAUUAGUGACUUGGUCACGUGAUCGCACUUUGCGUGUUUGGAAAAUUGAUGAUAAAAUGCUAAAUCACUGUGAACCGGAUAAUGAUUCGAAUGAAAACUACGAUAUGAGCCAAGAGAUGCGCAUUGAAACGCCUACUAAAUUUCAGCCCCUGCAUUCGUCUUCAUUUCAAAAACCAUCGAUGCUUCGCACGCAACCUGUAGCAGCAUCAUUGCCCAUCGAAGCAAUCGAUGCAUUACAUAUAUCAAACAUGGUGCGUUCCCGUUCACCGCCACCUACCAUGUCGUUGCGAACGCCUACACAAAGGCGUAAAGAGGAAAAUGCAGUGGCUCGAUCUCUUACCGAUCAGCCAACUUGCUCUUUGCAUCAUGAGUUUUCGCUGUUGAAUACCAACAUGCCGCACAUUGAAGUCGACGUGUUGGAUGCUAUAAAACGAUAUGCCAUCUUUAAUAUUUCGGCCGGUGGUCAUGUCAUUGUUUUACACACCACAUUUCCCACCGAAUAUCCCAGUCCCAAUAUAUGUCCCGAAUUUUCAUUCUGUCCUGGAACUACAAUUCACGAAAAUCUAACUAGAUUAAUGAUGAAAGUGCUAAAAACAAAUGCCUUGACACGUGUGAAAAAGUCCCGCACCUGUUUGGAACAGUGCUUGAGAGCACUUGUAACGGCAAUGAAGAAGUCUGGUGGUGGUUCUGACAAGUCACAAAUACGUUUGCAAUCUCCUCGCCUGGAGGGAGCUUUAAGUGGUGCUUUGCAUGACGCUUGUAUACCUUUUCCAAGAACAUCGGCAGCCACAUUUAACCCAGUUGGAAUGUUGUGCAGUUUUGCUCAAAUUCUCAAUACAAAACGUUUGACUUUAAGACAUCAAAAUACCACCCCACGCACAUUGUCCGCCAUCAAUGGCGGCGGCUUAUUAGGCAAUGUGAUGGGACCUCAACCAGUCUUAUACACCCACCGAGAUUCGAACGCUUCUUUUUAUUUGCAAGAUCGCAUGAGCUCUAAACAUGCAAAAAAUCGUUCGAUUCAAAAGCCAGCACGCUCUACUCCUAUCGUACACGUCUACGAAUGCAACAAGCUGCUCAAUAUUAGUCGGAUCAUGGCCACAGAAUAUUCCUUGGACAAGAGAGACAUUAUUGUGACAUGCCGAAAGAAUCGUCAAAUAUGUGAGAAUCAUGGCCGCUACGAUCUGUUGCCUAUCUGGACUAUGGCCGAAAUGAUAGCAACACCCAAUGUGCCACAAAGUGAAAACAUGAAAUAUGAAAUGAUUCUCAACGAAGAUCCCUUUAAGAAGUGCCUUUUGGAAGCUUUAAUAAUGCAUUUCGCAAGUGUAGGCGAUUUGCAAACAGCCGUAAUGCUGGCUUGUCUUUUUCAUCCAUUUGGUAUUAAUGGCAUGGGUGUUUGUGGUUCUGGUGGUGUGAGCGUUGCUGGUACCAGUAGCAGUAAUGCUAUGGCCACAUCCUCUAAUAAUCUCAGCUAUCACAGUAAAAUACCAAAUCUUACACCCAAUACUUCGCCUUAUCACACAGUCUUGCCUAUAGACACGCAUGCUUCGCCCUCCCCAAAGAAUGGUGCUGCUGGUUGCAAUGUCGCACUUUACCUUAAACAAUUACGCAGUAAUUCGUGGUCUGAUUCGCUAGACUGUGUGGAUAGCAAACAUGUAAACAGUGAGUUGUAUGCAUGUUCGUUAAUACGUCGCUCUCGCAUACCAAUCUUUGAUCAAUUCAAGAAACUGUAUGCUGAAAUAUUGUAUGGCUGGCAAUUGUUAACCAUUCGAUCGUUGAUUUUGAAACACACCACAUUUAGCAAAAGUCCUCCCCAAGGUGUUGAAUUUGUGACCGAAUGUUCUGGAUGUAAUAAAACAAAACGUACUUCAGCCUGUGGUUCUUGCCAGCGGCCAGUUCUCUUUUGUGCCUUAUGUUGCAUACCGGUAAAAGGUGCAGCAAAUGCUUGCUUAGCCUGCGGUCAUGGGGGCCACUUGAUUCAUAUGAUGCAAUGGUUUGAGAAACAUAAUGUUUGUGCCUCUGGAUGCGGUUGCCAGUGUUUAGAGCAGACAGCUCUAAUGUUGGAAUAUAUUAAAUAGUUAAAUAAUUAAAUUUUAUAAGAGUACAAUAAAUAAAACAACAUAAAUGGUUGAUUUUUUCUUUCAUUUUAA